UAACUUCAGCUCAUAGCACCCACGGCUCAAGCAUGGCGGCCGCUGUUAAUUGUUCCGCUUUUUCUUCCGACGGUGAAUACUUCGCUAAUUGUGGAAAUGAUGGAAAGUUAAAAAUUUGGGACACAUUCACUAGUCGCUUGAAACAAGAAUAUAUUUCUAAUUUUCAUCUCUCUUCUCCCUGUUGUGUUUUGACCUGGCUUUAUGUCAACUCUUCGUCAACAAAUACCACGCCUUCACCAUGGAAGAAACGCAGAAAGAAGUCAGUUUCAGAGGAGUCAGCUCCCAAAGGUGUUAUUGCUAUGGGAUCUACAAAUGGAAAAAUUACUCUUUAUGAUACAGCCACAUCAUUAGUUAUUAAUCAAUUGGAAGGUCACAAUGGUACAGUUACAGCUGUGACCUGGUCUGAGAAUGUUGGACUAUUUAGUGCAGCAGAUGAUCAUCAUAUUAUUCAUUGGAACCUUAAAGAAAAUGGAGUAAAAUGCAAAUGGAAAUCUGGAAAGGGGAAGACAACAUCCCUGGCAGUUUCAGAGGAUGGAAAAAGCAUAUUGUCAGGGGAAAGAGUAGUUAAAUGGUGGGAUCUAUCCACAAAACAGUUAAUAAAAACAUUUACAGGCCAUGCUAAUCAAGUGACAUGUCUUUCUACUGUAAAGAUACCAUCUGGAAGUAACUAUGUAAUUAGCGGUGCUUGUGGUGAUGGUUGCCUUAGCGUUUGGGCUUUAGAUGAGAACAAAACUGAUAGAACAGCUGUGGCGAGCUUAGCCCUACAAGACGAUGCAAUAAGCGUCUCUGUAAACAUGUCUAAGGAGUCUCAGGUGGUUGUAUUGGUAGUAACUAGGUCAGGUCAGGCACACCUGUUUCAAUGCCAACAAAAUGGUCGUGCAAAGCCAUUGAAACCUAGCUUGAGUAUUGCAGUAGCUUCUGACAUAAGUCAAAAGGAUAGUGUCCAACAAAUUCCUAUCUUAGAUGCGAAAUUAAUGGAAGAUCAAAAACUACUUUUGGCAUAUGGUGCAUAUCUUAAUCCCACGUUUGAGAGGGUGAUCCCAGAUUUCUCUGAGAAAGUACAAUGUUUGGUUCGUUCUGAAAAUAGAAAAACUAAAGAGAAAAAGGAGGAAAUUUCCAAGGUUAAAACUACUAUAAUUGAAGAUAAUGUGGAAUAUCUUGCACCAGGAUUAAUAGAGACUGCCCCAAAAAGAAGCAGAAGCAAUUCUGGAUCACAGUUGCUGUUAAAAGACAGAUUAGAAAACUUAAGCCUAAACGCUGAAGCUAGUCCUGUAGGAAAAAGUACCAGUUCAGGUAGCAAUAGGGCACAACUUUUGCUUCAAGGAUUGAAUAGUAAAGAUAAGACUAUCCUGAGCACAGUAUUCGUUACAAAAAACGAAUCUAUCAUUAGGAAUACUAUAGCUAAACUACCAGUACAGGCAAUUGGACCACUAAUUAAAGAACUGACCAUCUUGCUCCAGGGUAAAACUUUCGCGAGUAAAAUGGCUGUGAGAUGGUUGGAAGCAUUGUUGGUGGCUCAUGCAGGUCAUUUACUAUCGCAAGCAGACCUCAUGCAAUCGUUUGGACCGAUUCUAAGUUUAAUCGAUGCCAAACUAACACUCCUGACAGAAAUUUCGAAACUAAAGGGCCGUGUUUCCCUUAUCACUGGCCAGAUUUCACAAACAGUUGCAGAACAAAAUAAAGAAGAAGAAACUUGUUUCGUGUAUCAAGAUUCAGAUUCCUCGGAAGAAGAUGGUGGAAUCGAGGAUGAGGAUUUAGAAAGUGAAUCCGAUGAAAAUUGGGAAGAACUGUCUAAUCAGGAUGAACAAGAUGAACAAAAUGAUCAAGAUAUCAGGAGUACAAACUCUGAUGAAGAAGACGUAAAUGAAAAUCAGGACGAUAAUGAGUCUAUAUCCAGCUAAAUAUUAAUUUAGGAACAACUUUUACAUUAAACAGUUUUGAAAAUGUAAUUUUCUUAAUAAAAAUGCUGUUAAAGUCUGCACUAUUUUAAUAUGAAACGUUUUAAUAAUUUAUCCAAUUGGCAAAGUAUGAUUUUUAUUUUGUUCCAGUAAAUAUUCAAAUUCCUGGGUAUAAUGAAUGUGGGAAAGAAAUUAUAAAUAAAUGACCUUUUUUACACCAA